ACAUGAGUGUGGACGACAUCUACGAGAGGUUGCGUCUGUCGUUCCCGUUUGUGCACGUGCGGCGCGCUGACGCGCGGGACACGCCGGAACUGGCCCGCCUCCUGCUCAGCCUGGCCAGACACGUGGACGAGACGGGUGUCUCUCGCAGCGUGGCUUCCGAGCUGCAGACGGAGCAGAGGCGGCUGGCGCAGCAGCUGCAUGGCUACCACGCCACGCGCCUGCUACACACCCUGCUGGAAGAGAUGGCGACCGGACUUUCGGCGGCUGGCGACCACACCGACCACCAGCUGCGUGAGGCUGUGCGGGAAGGCCUCUCGCUGGCCGAGCUCCACGACGCGCUGCCGCUGGCGGCGCUGCUGACGCUGCAGAUCCAGUGCGAGACCUGGACCACCAGCGCUGGCUCAUCGCCGAGAUGGACGCGCUUUGCCGACGACUCCAGCGCGGCCACCGCCGCCGCCGAAGACGGCGCGGAACAGGUGGACUAG